CAAAAAGGUGGUGAAUUGCCUUGGCGGUACGGUAUACCGUACAUGGGCGUUUUUUGCUGGAGCAAGUUGUUGAGGCCUGGACUGUGGAAGGUACCGUAGGUGAAAGGUGCGCAAUCUGCCAGUCAAAUGCAAUCCUCCGUAACGGUCUGCGUAGGGUUUCAAGGAUUUAGGAUCUGUCUUUGUUGACAAAAGGAUCUCAAAGACGCAAAGGCCCAGGGCCAGAGGGGCCAGAGGGGCCUGGGAGACUGGGAGAGUCAUCGGUUUAGCACGUCCUUCUCCCGUCCUUCUCACAGUGAUUCCAGCCUUAAUCUGGGAGCAUUGGCGGCAGCCUGAUCUGUUAACAUGGACAGCGGUCAAAGAUACUAUCCCCUCUUCUUGGUCACCAUUAUUUGCAGCAUGGGCGUUUGCAAAGCAGCAGUGCUGACAAGCAACCAGAUUGAUAGCAGGGCCUUUUUUGAAUGGCAUGGACCUGUUCCAGGAACUUGCUCAACCCAAUACACUGAGACACCCAGUAAUGUAACAGUAGAUGUGCGCCUCUGCUCCACGCCUGGUAGCUACAUUGACUCUUUGCAGCUAUACAAUGGGACAUACAGUUCUUAUCAGAGUUUUUGGCAGCUGUCAGGCACCUGCAGUGACGGAACGACGCUCUCAAAAGCUCCAUCAAACAUCAAUGGGAACCUCAAGAAUGCUUUCGAGACAAGGCAAGUCUAUCCAGAAGGGCUUUCCACUGUUUUUGGGGCAACUGGAGGAUUUACAGACGCACUGCUUGGCGUUCCUGGGGAGUAUAUUGGUUGGCGAGACGUGUGCCCUAAUGGCAAGCUUAUAUCAGGAUAUGAGAUGUGGGUCACCCCCACUGGUGGAUUACCAGGUAAAAACUGUGUGGCAGGCGGGGUCCGCUUCCAGUGCAACGGUACGCAAUCCGGUCGCCCGCCCUUACCAAGUCCGCCCCUACCAGGCCCACCUCCUCCAAGCCCACCUCUAGAUUCCCCUCGCGCAAGCCCACCUUCAGUCGCGCUGAUCUCUUCAGCAGCCGCCCCAAAGGCAGCUAGUCCCACACCCCCAUCUGAAAGUGGGCCUUCUCCAACUGAAACAGGUGGGCUGAGUAAGAGCACGCGGAACGCCGUCAUUGGAGGUGCUAUUGGGGCUGCAUUUUCAGCUUGUCUGGUGCUCGGGAGUGGAAUUGCUUUUAAUAUCCGAUACCGUGCAAGAAAGAAAGACAUCAUAAACCAGACAGUGUUCAUAUCCUUGAGUGCGCUCCCUCCCCAAGGCCUUUUAGUCCCUACCAAACUCCGGGAAGAAGCAGCAAAGAGGUAUCUCGAAACCAUAUUGUUUGAGGUGUUCAAGGCAUGGGAUGCUUGGCAUCGCUUAUCUCCCAGAACGUCGUUUCCGCAAGGUUCUUUCGUGGGGAUAUGGGCAUCAGCUUUCCAUGAAAGCGAAGCCGAAAGCCUAAAGGACGCCCUUCUUACUGUAGACCAGGAGUUGCAAGCAACUCGUGGCACUGGUCUCUUUGAAAUCUGGAGCAUGGGCCGCCGCCGGCCUUUGUCGGUAGUUGAAAGUAUUGUUGAGCACAUUGAGAAAACCUUGAAAGGAUUGCCACCCAGGCGUUGAAGACAAGUUGUUCAGCCCGUGACAAUAGUUUUGAUUGCCAAUGAUUGUAGCAGUUACCCAUAUGAAGAUAUUUUGGGGUGGUCAUUACAGUCAUAUACUGGAUGUGAAUAAGAAACGCACUUGAUAUUACAGAAGGGGAGACCAACUUGGAGUAAAAGCCUCGAAGUAGAGACAAUGGAGACCUUAGUAUUAGGUCCGUCACAUUGGUCACUUACUAAGAAGUCAGUAAGCGUGUCGCACUAAAGAUGAAGUAGUAUCUGUCCGGGUAUAGAUUGGUUGCCAGCUCUCUCAUGCUUCUUAGUUGGCCGCAAUGAUGUAUCAUUGCAUAUCAUCGGUUUCUUUGGUGCCAAAGGGCCAUAUUCAAGUAUAAGUUCGCGCCUGCAUGGCGUCAGUCAC